GCAGACGGAGGGAGGUACGGAGCGAUGGCCAACGACGCUCGAAAACGUGAUGAACUUGGUUGCAAUGAAGGCAGGUUCAGUUCAAAUAAACGAAAGGGUUGGACCUGAUUCAGAGAAGCCGAUUCAAAGGCUGUGCAAGAAUGUCAAACUCGUCAUUAAUCUGGACGUUCGAGUGCUGGUGUGGAUUCGCGAAAAUGUCCACCCGACUCUGAGGCGGGAGAAGGGAGAAGCUGAAGGAAAGUGUAAGUGUGCCGGGCCUGCUUUCGACUGUGGCGGAUGCAGGCAGGGAAAGAUACUCGGGCUUUGCAUCUGGUUUCACGUGUUCUGCCACUGGCACUCUUGUGCAUCGAGACCUGUAAGAUCCAGGCAUUUGACAACAGCGUAUGCAACACAUGAAAAAGCGAUCGCCUCAUUAAACAUCCUCCACCCGACAACACUACCGACGGUCAGCACUCCAUGGAGUUGCAAGAAGGGAGCGAGCGAGUGAGUCAGUCAUGCAUCCAUCCAUCCGAGUGAGAUCCGAAGCCGGGCAACCGAAACCUCUGAAAAGCUCUGCGUCCACCAACUUUCAGCGCUCUCGGAAACCAGAGUGACUCACGAGUGAUUCAGCCCCGGGCCAGAACAUGAAACUUAUCAUUUUCUGUGAUUUUCUCGGAUUAAACGUCGCCUCUCAUUGUUGUCUGCUCACCUACUAUAAACAAAGCGCCUCGCAUUUCUUAGGUUUUCUACACGUAGAUGAUAUGGCAUAUGAUAGACCCGGGGGGAGCUCCAGGUCCCAAGUCGGACGGGCUGGUUCGGACAUCGGCACUUGACGUCGUCGGAAAGCCAGCCAGCGAGCGAGCCACAGGAGUUUUCGCAGCUCGCCACAUUGCCGCCUACGACUCGGCUCAAGGAACGAACGCCUGCCUAGAGCGAGCGAGCGAGCGAGCGAGGACUUUAGAUCGACAGAGAUUUCGAUCGGAGCUUUCGAUUCCCGCUGUCCUUCGAAGUAAGU